UUCAGAAAAGACAUCGUGCGCAUGCGUUGCAAAAAGAGACUUGAAUUUUUGGAAAAAAUGUUUGGAAAAUUUGAGGCAAGAGAUGCUCUUUUUGGCUAAAAGGGCUUUAAAUUUCUUGAAGACUUGACCUUUAACCUCUGAAGGGUCAGUUGCAACUGUGAAUCGCUCCAAUCCAAAAUCUACCAUGGCAAGUAAACUGAAGAGAAAAGGUCACAUGCAUCCAGGCGAGAUGAUUGCACUUGGGAGUAAGCCUAAACAAGAUGAGAAAUCCCUUGCAAAAAAACCUGGAUUGUUGCCCAGCGACAGGAAACGAGAGGCACCCCCAGGGUCUAGUCUGGCCAGUAAGAAAGCCAAGAUGUCAGUUCAACAGUUCACCCCCUUGGGUCGACCCAUGGAUUCAGACAGAAGGGCAUCCCCAUCUGUAAUUCCCCAAUGGGAAGAAACUGCUGCUGAAGUUGAUGCCAGUGAGUUCUUGGAGUCUAUCACAGAGGCAGAGAAGCAAGACAAUGAGGAGCAGUUGGAGAGGUUGCUGUGCGGGGCAGUGAAAUAUCUACGUAGGCAGAGGGUUAAGCCUGAGCCAGCCAUGCAUGUAGCUCUCAUGCAUAUUGCCAAGUCAAAGCAGCACCUCUAUACUAACAGUGACAUGGUUACAGAGGCACUCUGUAGCUUGCUGAAGCGUGAUGUAGCAUUGAACUUCAAAACUAAAGGUAACCCACUAGUGUCUGUACUAGUGUGUAAUAUACUUGUGGCUGCCUUUCAAGAUGAAGAGAACUGGCCUGAUCAUUUUAUCAAGGUGUUCCUUGAAGACUCUAUAGGAGAGCGUGUGUGGGUGGACAGGGAGGAUUGUAAAGGAUUUGUAGAGAAUAUACAGACAGCAUUCAACACAAGGAUGCCUCCUAAGUCAACCUUACUAAGCUUUGGGGACAUCAAAGAUCAAUCUGGCAGUCCAUCUAGAGUAGGCAUAGAGGAUGACGAUGAUAAGAGUCAAGACUCUGGAGAUGUUAGCCACAAACACGAGUCAUUGCUUCCUGAACUGGAAAGUAUCAUUACAUUCCCAAGAUACAGUUACCAGCAGAGUGGUGUUGAGAACCAGGUGUUAGAUUGUGUUAAGGAACAACUGAUGCGUCGCCAGGCUACAGACAAUAUCUCUAAGAAUGUGCUUAGACUUCUCCUAGCAACAUGUGGCUACAGUGAAGUGAGAGUCAUGUGUGCACAAAGGCUGGAAAUGUGGCUGCAUAAUCCUAAGCUGUCAAAGGCUGCUCAGGAUCUGUUGAUGGGUGUGUGUAUGAAUUGUGAGCACCACACAAGUGAGGAUGGGGAAGUGAUCAGUCACUUGAUUAAGAUCAGAUUGAAAAACAAGCCUCUUGUCAACCACUUCAUGCUGUGUAUGAGGGAAGUGGUGAGCUUGAAUUCAGAGAACUUGAAAACAGUCAUGACACAUACAAUUUAUAAUGAGCUGUCUAAUUCACGCAACCCUAACAAUAUGACCAUACUUGGUGUGGCCUUUCAGCAUGCACCUGAUAAAUCAGCGAGGCUUCUAGCUGAGAUAUUUCAAGAUCUGCUAGCCAACAAGGAUGAUUAUUUGAGGGCAUUGAGGGCUUUGUUGCGGGAGAUAGGACGCCAGUUACGUCAUGACAUCACAUUCUCUGAGUUUGCUCUUGGCCUGAUGCAGGAGAGGCUAGAGGCCAGAUUCAUGGACAUGGAGCAGCAAUUUAAGGAGCGUUAUGUUCAGUCUAUAUCAGACCUAAUUACCCUCAGUGCUUUAUUAUGUGUGGGACCCCAAGUGAGGGAAGCAUCCGCAGCAUACACCAGGGGUGACUAUAAAGAUAUAGAGACUGUACGUAAGUUCCAGCGUCAAAUCUCUGUGAUUCAACGUGAUGCAGUAUGGUGGCUCCACACGGUGGUGCCCAAGAUAACAGAGCUGAAGACAGAGGCCUUUGUACACUGCCUGCACAAAGUGUUGUUUGUUGAGCAAGCUGAACAGUAUUAUAACAAAGACAACUGGCCACCUGAGGGCGAGAGAGGGCCCUUACUGAGGCUGGUGAGUGAGGUGGCUGUGUUGGAGGAUACAUUAAUGAGAAUCCUGGUUAUGGGGCUAUCUAAGGAUCUACCAUUGAAUGCAUCUGAUGCCUUGGAACUGGCUGACCAGAUAGUAAGGAGAGCUGCAGCCUUGCAUGCUGAUGGAUAUGAGGUGCUACAUGUAGACAGACUUGAGCUUAUAGAUGCCUUACUGAACCUGUGUGCCUAUCAUCACCCUGAUAACAUUGUACUGCCUAAAGGGUACCAGCCCCCAUCUCUGGCUAUAUCCAACCUCUACUGGAAGGCAUGGGGGCUUCUGCUCAUCAUAGUUACCUUCAACCCAACAACAUUUGGGUCAGUUGUGUGGGAGAAAUACCCAACACUGAGAUACAUGAUGGAAAUGGUAAUCACUAGCAACUACAAGUUCCCCCCUGAGACUGUUGCCAGGGACGACAAGACUGUGGAUGAGAUCAAGGCACGUGACAAACAAGCCAGAGAACUGGAAAAGCAAAGGAUUCUGGACUUUGAGUCUCACUUGGCUGCAGCCACCAGCAAAGUUGCCAUAACAGAGCAGAAUAGUUUACUUAUACCACAGUUAACCAGCAUGGACCCAAAUGGUAUAGCCAGGAAACCUGGAAGCAAGGUUCUUGAGCAGUUGAAGUCUCUCAACUCCACAUUAAAACUUGGACAAAUGCUGUGUCGCAGUCGCAAACCUGACUUCCUCUUGGAUAUUAUACAACGUCAGGGUAGUUCCCAAUCCAUGCCUUGGCUAGCUGACCUGGUUGAGGGAAGUGAAGGGUCCCUAGACAUACUGCCAGUGGCUUGUGUGUGUGAGUUCAUGCUUCAACAUGUAACUCUACACACAAACAGCACAGAGGAGGACAGUGAUGCCAAAGAAAGCCCCACCACAUCUCAGAAACAGGAAAAGCAAGAACAGUUACUAAGCAGACUACAGACAUUGUUACAAGAUGAUACAAAUGAGACAGGGGUGUCUGAAGUGCUCAGUUUCUUCAUGAAGAGACUUGUCAGCCAUCAGGCAUCGCAGAGACAAUUGGCAGUGAAGGGUCUGUCAUUGGUAUUGGGGAGACAAGAUGACAUUACAGAUGUUCAAUCAGCCUCACUGACACCAUCUCACACGUGGCUCUUGGAACAACUACCAUCCCUCCCUCUGUUCCACACUGUUAAACAGACAACCUGUGACUUCUUACGUCAGGCAUGUUUGGUUAGCAGUGACAUAGAGUCUAUUAGUGCCUAUCUACUAUUCCUAAACCAUCACUCAGAGAAGGAUGAUAUUCGCCAGCUUGACACUCUUGUCAUGGAUAUUGGUCAGUUGAUUGUAGAACGUAGUACUGUGAUGAACCAAGUGUUACCAGUGGAGUAUGAGUUCAAUGAGAGAGCCCAACUUGUGCAGUGUGCAGUCAUUAACAUGUUCUUCUCUUACCUCAACAAGGCUAGACAAACCAAGAAGGACACAUACACUUGGUGUAAUACCCAGGAUCAAGUGCUGCUACAAUGGCCAGGUGGAGAGUCUGCUAACAUGUCAAUCCUUGUAGUACAUGCCAUCAUCAUACUGCUCACAUAUGGCAGACCUCUGGGUGACUCUCAUUUUGAUGAGUUGUUAAAGAUCUGGUUCCCUGAAGGAGGUUCUCCCCCAACAGCCUACCUGGUUGACACUUCAGAGGAAGCCUUGCUGCUUCCUGAUUGGCUGAAAUUAAGGAUGAUAAGAUCUACUGUAGGCUCGUUGGUUGAUGCAGCCCUACAGGACUUGGAGCCAGGAAAGCUGCUGCUGUUUGUCCAGUCAUUUGGUAUGCCUGUCGCCAGCAUGAGUAAGCUACUCUCUUGUCUUGACCAGGCUACCGAACUAGGCCCCUCAGCCAUGGAACAGGUUGAUACUGACAGAUCUGGUUACAUGGCCCAGUUGAUAGAGGUCCAACAGAUGAGGGGGGCUAUGGGAGGAGACAAGUUCCGUGCAGUGCUCCUUGGGGGUAAAGAACCGACUCCAGACCCUGGACUCGGCAUCAAUCUCCCUAAGAUGAGCACUGAGAGACCUGUAGUUGAGACUCACAGAACUGAUUUUGACAACCUUCCGAGUGAUCAGAAAAAACUUCAACACUAUAUACUGCAGAUGUUUAAUGUUGAUGUCCCAAAGGAUGUGUGUAGUGUACACAGCAAGUACCGCACCCUCCAGCUAGCUAUUCUGAAAGAACCACUUCUAUGGGAGCAUGUAGUCCUUGCACUAGGGACACUUCUACACUCAGGCUACCAGGACAGUCUACUAGCUGCAAUGUACAACAUGCAAACUGUCUCCUGUCAGCUUAUUAGACUUCUCAAUGCAAAGCAGAGUUCUAAGGGUAGAGAGGACAACACCCUGGCCCCCAUACUGCAGAUACUGCAACAAAAGGGGCCCACAUCAUCACUUAAGUCAUUGGUGGAACAAUGUCAGAAGCAGGACAAAGCUAGAACAAACAAGCACUCUCAGUCCAGUGGCUCAAAUACACAGGCAAAUAUAAACAAAGUACUAACUGAAGGGAAAAGGUUAUUUGGAGCAUCACUGGAGGAGUUUGUUCACAAGCAUUUCAACUCAGACACUUCAGGGUCUGGUAAAUUGUUGGAUUGGUUCAGCACAUUUGAACCAGAGAUUAUCUCAAAUCAACCAGAGCUGAAGGAGAAACUACUUUUCUCUGCCAUUGAGGCCAAGUCUGGAGAUGCUAAGUCAGGAGAGGCCAUGUCUUGUAGGCCCUAUCUCUUAGCUCUACUUACACACAAGACCAACUGGACCACCCUCAACAGAUGUAUUGAUACUCUGUUAUGUGAAGAACAAAUUGCAAAUAGAGAUCACGAGUCUGUCUUAGACUUUCUAUGGGCCUGUAUACACAUACCAAAGAUAUGGCAAGGUAGAGACAAGAAUGUUUCUAAGAACGCAGUUGUGGAGAAAGUACUGAAGGUAUCGCCACAACAAGCACGAGUGAUUACCAGGUACAUUGUGUCAGAGCUGAUACAGAUUGAUGAGAAGUCAACGCAGCAUUUGUUAGCAAGGAGACUUCUCCUGCUCCUACACUGUCUGCAGGGAAGCCAGGAGUGCACCAAAGCUGUGGUUCAUUACCUGGCUUCCUCAAGAGACAAACCAGAGAAAGAGGGAAAGGUGUGUGAGAGUUUGCUAUUGAGUCUGUACACAGAGAAGCCAAAUAUAAUUAACAUGUUGGAUGACUGCAACUUUCUCUUCAACCAUUCUAUGCUGGCAGCCUCAACUAGUUCCCAGAUGGACAGAGCUAGCCACCACUUGUUGACAUCACUAGCUGAUACUGGGAAGGGCAAGAAGUACCAGAACAAGAUGUAUGAUGCCAACAUAGCCCUGAGAAAGAUAGCAGCACACCACCCAACUUUGCUCCUCAGACAACUUCCCCUAAUGGCCUCUCUACUGAAGGGAAGAACCUAUUACACAUUUGGUGAGUUUCAGGCCAGGAACAACCUCCUGCUCUUCACUCACGUCCUGGGCAUCAUGGAUGCUCUACAACCUUAUAUAUUCAAGAACCACUCUACAGCUUUAGCUGAAGUGUUGGAUCGCUACUUUGAGCUCAUGAGGGUGCAUGCAACAAAAGACCACCAGGUGGCUCCACUAGUGAACAAAUAUAUGAGGUUCCUGAACUCCUUCAUCAGCGCAGACCCCUUAGAGGCAUCACAAAUACUGCAAUCACAUCUCUCAACUCUCAACUUGAUAUCACAGACCUACCCCGAUUUUGCUUUGGUUCGUUCCAUUAUUGCAAGUGUUGGCUUGCCACGUCAACAGACAGAAGCCAGUGAGAAUGGAGUUGAAGAUGAUUGCCCCAUUGAACAGCCAAGACCAAGCUCACCAUGGCGACUUGCCCAACUAGCACCAUUCCUUAAGAAUAUUUCUGCUGGCUCAUCACUCGCCACUGUAACUAGCGUGUUGAUUGACUUAGAUGAAACUUCAAAACGCAAACUGGAUGUUCUUGAGCAUUUCUUGGAUGACUUGAAAAGAUUGCUGACUGUGACAGAUGAGAAAUGUAGGAAGCUGUCCUUCACCCUGGUCAUGAGGCAUAUCAGACAGAACCCAGGGAGUGGCAAGGAUUUUGUACCAACAAUUCUACAGUGUCUUGAUAGCAGUAAUUACGAAGUAGUCAGCUCUGCACUCACCAACAUUGCAGAGUUUACUUUACUAUGUAGAGAAAUGGCUGAUGUCUUGUUGGAAAAGGUAUUCAUUAUAGGUAUUCGGCUGAACAUUGACACACAUACAUAUAUCACUGAAGCUAUGCAGCUACUAAACAUGGACAAUUCAUUGCAUACCACAGUCUAAAUGUUUCAAAGCCUCUACUGAUGGAGCAAACUAUUGAUUUUAAACAUAUGACAUUCUUAUGAGGCAUCAACAAUUGUAUGAAGAAAUGCUGUAAUUUGUAUAUCUACCAUGUAUGAAGACACCUUUAUACAACAUGUGUUCAAAGGGAAAUUUAAAGGAAUAUUCCUUGUCAAACCAUCUCUCUCCUCAUAUGGUAGCUAUAACCACAUAUAUGCUUGC